UCCCAGCCUCCCCCACUUCUUCUUUUUCUGUUUUUUCCUUGUGAACCCCGGAACCAGACCCUCUAGUCUGGUAAUACCCCUGUCUUCUUUCCCCCUCUCAAGUGGGUGGUCCGGUGGAGCAGCCCUUGGGGCGGGGUCCUCUGUUUUCAACCCUCCUACCCCCGUUCUUUCUUGAAACAUGCUUUAAUAGAGAAAGUAUGCAAUGCAUACUGCUCUGGUGCAACCCCCCACUAUACUGCAUCUGGGGUAUUCGUGACUGGACGUCUGGGGGAUCACACACAUUUCCGAUUAGGAAGGAGCGAGAGAGAGAGAGGGAGGGAGUGAGUGAGGGAGAGAGAGAGAAACAGAGAGAGAGGGGGGGAGAGAUUACCAUUUCAAUCCAGCUAAUGAGACAGGCGAUACAUUAAGAUUUUCAUAGUUGUGCAGGAGCACAAAGUGAGCGGAGUGUGUGUGAACUUCCAGGUAAAGCUGCAAACCGACCUAAGCCCCAGAGGCCUCUGCUCCAGGCUUUGAUGCCAACACCCUCUAAAGCAGGUGGACAGACGCAGGAAUGAGCGACCGUGGGACCAAAGAGCCAUCUCCUCAGUCGAGCACAGCCCAGUCGCCUGAUGAGCCCCAGCGCAGGGGUCGGGGUCGACCUCGGAAACAGCAGCAGGAGCCCGUUGGACCACCGACCCCAAAGAGGCCGAGAGGACGACCAAAAGGCAGCAAGAGCAAAGGCCCCAGAACUGCACUGAAGAAAGUAGAGCCUGUUGGGCAGAGGCGACCACGAGGGCGACCGAGAAAAUGGCCCCGGAAAGUUGUUCCAGAAGUGACUGAAGAGCAGCAGGGCCCUUCGGAGGAGGCCGAGGAGGGCCACUCAUCUCAGGUGCCUGCUCAGGAGGAAUCGGAGUAGAUGGGAUCCUUCUCUACCUACCUCAGUGUUUGGCCUCAAGCAAACAGGGGUACAAUCUGACUCCCUAUCUGUGAUGGGAAAUCAGGAACACACACACUUACACACACUCACACCCAAAAACGAAAAUCCUCACAGACAGCAGUUUCCUCUCCUGAUCUAAACAGCACCAUGGAUUUGUUGUUGCUUUGAGUAUCUGAUCGUUUGAGCCUUUGUAAAGGCAUGGUUCCAGCUUUUGGGAAAAGUAUUUGCAGAGUUGCUGAAUAUUAAGAAAAUUUGUAUUUUAUAUAUAGACAGGAGGCAAAAAAUAAAAUAAAAACGUACGCUUCCUGUCUUGUGACAACAUGAAUGUGCCUUUUAAAAAACAGCAAAGUGAUAUAGCACAGGUUCUCCAACAUACAGCACCCUCCAUAGUUAUUGGUAAAAGAAAUUCAACAGCUUAACAUUAAAGUAAAAAACAACAACAACCCUUUCAACCCUCCUCACUGUGUGGUGACAAGAUACACUUGGCUUAGCGUCCAGCCUUAUUUGUCACAACUCCAGUGCUUUAAAACAUUCAAAAUUUUAUUUUGGAACUAAGUAUUUCAGCUAUUUUCUUGCUUCUACGUCCAUUUACAAUUAUCAACAUACCUUAAUUGAUUAACAUGUUCUCUUGUUUUUAUGUUUUGAAUGGAUGGCUAAAAGAAUUGGGCCUCUUUAAUGAAAUACUAUAAAUAAGUAAUGAACAUUCAGCUUAAAAAGUAAAUCAUUCAAUAAAAUUCUAUUUCAUAAUUAGUACUUCCUGAGGGUUAUUUUAUUAAAAACAAUUAUUUUCUACCAUAAGAUAUAUUUUUUCCAGACUAAAUAAAUAUAGUCAAAUUAAAAGUUGUAUUUUUCUAAAUUGUUUGAGGUUAUGAGAUUAUGCUUCUGCAAUAAAAGAUAGAGUUUAAUUAUUUAUAAAGAUGGAGGGCAGUGUGUAUAUAACUAGAGAUGCACUAAUUAAUCAAUCAGAGAUCAGAAUCAGCCAAUUUUCCUUUAAUCGGCUCUGAUCAGAUCAGAAGGCCUCAUGAGAUUUAUUUUAUUUGCUAUUCAGUCCUUUAGGUUUGACGCUUAAUGCUUUAAUGGAUGAUUCCUUCAUUCUUUGUUGGAUUCAAAGCUGCAGCCUGUUUUAAACAAAACUGCUACGCAUUUCUAUUUCUUUUAUUUCUUAUAUUCUUUAGUAAAAAAAACAAUGCAAUAGGUCAAAAAGCAAAGAAAACCGUAUUAAUCGGUAUCAGGAAAAGCCAGAUAUGUGGAUCUCUGAAUAUGAGUUCUAUGUAAAAUUUCUAAUAAAUGUUUAAGUUCCUCCUGUGCCUUCUAGCUCUAUAUCAGGCUAUCAGCUCAAAGAUAUGGAAUAAUUAGUGGUUUAAUACCCCACUAACUAAAUGCACCCAAUUUAACCUUUAUGUCUUACAUGUAAAAGAGAAUUAAAAUAAAUUUAAUCAUCUGGAUUGCAAAUUUUUAAACCCAUCUAAUGUAAUCUUUUCUCUUGCAUUUUUUAAGACCUGAAAGAAUGCUUCUCCCUUAAAGUGGAACUAUUCCUUUAUUUUGCCAGCUGUCCUGAGCGUCUCUGUGAGAUUUUUUGCAUGUGUGGGAACGCAUGUCUGUAUGUUUUGUGCUUGAAUGGUGAGAGAGACGCAGAGAAAGACAAAAAGAAAGAGGCAGAAUUUUUUAAAAAAGGACAAAAGGAACCAAACUGAACCGGGUUUCAGCACAUUUUCUGUCAGCUGUUUUAAACUUGAUAUUUUCAAACCAAUGUGACAACAUAAUCAUGGCAAGCUGAAUUCAUUUUUGUGAAAGCUGGUGUGAUUUCAAAUUGAAAUAUCCAUUUUCAGAGAUUAUUUCCUAACCUCUGCUGAGUAAAUCCUUCCAAGCAGAAAGUGACUGAUUUAAAUCCAAAGGUUGAAAUGGAUAUUUCAUUUUGGAACAAAAAAGAAAUAGCUAAAACAAAACCUUCAGAAAUACUUGAGUCAACCGCAGUGUUGAGGUGUCAUUUUUACCACUCUCAGGAUUUCACUUUUUUAACAGUGCUCUUACGUCAUUUAUGAAAACCUCAGGUACAUAUCUAUUCAGGAACAUGAUAUCUACUCAGUAAUAAUUGUGGUGCUGUGUUUGUUGUGCGAUUCUGAUCUGUAUUUGACAUUACCAGUAUGCCUUGACUCAAAGACCUCAUGUAAAAACCUCAGUCAGCCUCAGCUUCUUGAUCUCUCAUUCUACCUCAGCGACACAAAAACACAGAAGAUCCUCCUGCAAAGUUAUCCUUCACUCCCUCAGAAGUGAUACUGUAUACGCAAAAAACACACACACACAACCACAGGCAUGUGUACCAAUGCAAAUCAACAAGUUUCAGGGCUAAAUGCCAACAAACCAACAAAUACACACAAGUAACAAAAGGAUGUUACACUCCAGCGGAGGUGUACAGAUAAAGUAUCAAUAUCAUUUCAGAAAAAUAACUGUAUCUGAUAAAAUAAAAAAAAAUAAAAAAACUGAAGCGAGACUCUGAUCUCCUGGGAAUUAAAGUGCAGCCAAUAGUUUACAACAACUUGAUGAAAUACUUGCCUUUUAGAGUGUAGUACCUUAUGAAAACCUGUAUUUUUUUAUUUUGAUUUUUUUUGUGGGAUGGGGAGGGGAUUGUUAUUCUUUUUCUUAUUUUACUACAUCAUGUAUUUUUUCCUCUGAUUCUUACACUGUAAAAUGUAUGUGUGACACUUAAUUCUUGGCAGCAAAAUAGCCGCAACGUGCUGAAAUACAUUAGAUGAACCUCAAUGUUUGCAUGUACUUGACCCAAUUGUGCUACAAUAACACGACAGGAUUGUACUCAACUGAUAGUGUGUUUUAUUGCUUAUGAGUUCAUUUUUUUUACUACUUCAAGGUGAAAAAGGUUGGGCCUUAUAGAGUUUUUUGCUUUAAAGGAUAAUAUUUGCUUCUGAACAUACAGUGCCUUGCAAAACUCUUCAUAACCUUUUAAACUUAUUCAUACUUUGUCAAGUUUCAGUGUGUUUUAUUUGGACUUUAUGUUUUUGACCAACACAGUGAAGAAAUUAGAAGAUGAAGAAUCACUUUUUACUGCGAUUACUGGUGCAGGCUUUUAAAGUAUGUUUUUUGCCAGCUUUGCAUGUUUUCUUUACCAUUUAGUUCAAGAGAGAACUUCUCAAGGGAGAGCUUCUCUGAACUUCGGUUUUGUACUUUUGCCACAUCGCUCUCUGGAUCUCUGCAGCUCCUGCUUUCCUCGCCCCGCAUGGCGGUUUAGGCCAUGUUUUGGUAGAUUUGAAGUUGUGCCAUACUCUAUUUACAGAUUAUGAACUGAACUGAUCUCUGUGAGAAGUUUAAAGCUUGGGGUGUUGUUUAAUAACUUUACAGCUUUACGCUUCUCCACAACUUUAUUCCUGCAGUAUUCCUUGGCAUAAUCCCUUGGUUUAGGUGGCUUCUCAAUGCAGUUGGUUACAUCAGAUUAUUAGGGUUUAAAUACAGAUUUGUAUUUUAAAUACAUUUUAAAACAUGUAUCCGUCCAGUUUAUACGUGUGCAUCGCCUCCUGUUGGUCUACUGCAUAAAAAGGCCAGUAAAAUACAUUACCGUUUCUGGUUGUAAUAUAACAAAAAUGUCUAAAAAGUUUAAUAAGUUUCAAUAUUUUUGCAAGCCACUGUAUUUAAGCUUCAGUUAAGCACAGAGGAUUUUAUUAGUUGGGCAUAAAACACUCAUUCGUUUUCACUGAAAUGAUUCAAUGAAACCCCUUAACUAAGAGGUUUGCUGCUUUUUCCGGGUAAUAUGUUUUGUUUCUGUUUACUUUCAUGUUCACAAUAAAUAAAAUACAACUUUUUUUAACGGUGUGUUCAGUGCUGGCAGAAAUCCCAAGACAUGAACUAUAGACCUGCAUGUUUCCUGCAGGUGCGUUGAUAAUUUUUAGAUCUUAUAUUGGUGAAGUUAGAAGAAGAAUAAAGAAAAUAUAUAGUUAUAAAAUUAGGCUGAUAAUUACAGGAAAUAUCCCUGUAGACAAAAAAAAUGGUUGCUUCUUCAUUAAUAAGUCAACUUAAGAGCAAAAAUCUCAGUCAUAAAUGCAUGUUUGUACCCUGGUCAAAGCUGAAAAUAUGACAUUUUUAGUUAUUAUUGGGCAGAAAAAUCAUUGAUAAUGUCACUUUAUUUAAGUAUUUGAUCUGGUUUUUACAAUAAAUCAUCAAGGUAUAGCGUUUAAUUACAGAGUUUUCUUGGUGUUCACAGUGCCAGGUUUCAUUACCAGCCUCGUCUGGUUUAAGGUUACAUGUUGAUCAGCUCUAGGUGUGAGCAGAAACACUCACAACAUGUUGAUCUAGUCGUUAAGUCUCUUUGUUGCCCUCCAUGACAGACUAAAUGCUCCUUCAGCUAUGAGUGCCUCCAAAUACCAAGUGGUCACUAUAGAUUACUACCACUGUUAAUUAUCAUCAGAUCAUCCUAAACAUACUGUAAGGAGAAGGUUCUGAUAUUUAAGGGGGAUUCUAUUUGGUAUUUAUUAUCAGUCAGAGUCGCACCUGUUGCAGACUGUCUGAACUACUUGAGUUUGUAAAAGAAGAGAUUAGAAAGAAGAGCUAAGAACUUGUGAAUUUAGUUACUUGCCUGUUUUUCUGAAUUCAUGCGAAAUGUGUUAAAAUAGGUCAGCAAAUCAGAGUCAAUACCCAAAGCAAAAUGUGUAAGAAAAUGUUGUAACCAGUCCUUCAGAGCUGCUGGUUUUCUACCUUCUUGAGAUGUCCUCUUGGUUGAACACACUUGAUUUAAAUGAAAGGGUCAUGCUUUUAUUUUGAAGUGUUUGAUGACAGACUGAGGAAAUAAUGAACUGUCAUCAGGUGGGUUGGAGCAGGAACCCAUUUACAAAAUGUAGUCCCUUUUGCUAAGUUAGUUCUAGUAAAAGCAUAAUUUGAACCAAAUAAUAAUUUUCAACAUGUAGUCACUAAUUACUAGAUUAAAUUAACACUAUUUGUAACGUUAUCUUUAAGAAACUCUGAGCUACUAGUGUUUGCAACCUCACAUCUGAUAAAAAGUGUCUGAGUUUUUAGUUAGCAGUUGUCUGACAUCUGAAAUCUUCAGACAGCUCUCUUCUAAAGAUAAAAUACUGAUUGCUGAUAAGUAAUCCACAGAACCCUACCUUAGAAUUGCUUCAACAGCGGAUAACAAACCUCCAAAAAGUAGUUAAUCUAAAAGUAGUUAAUCCAAAAUAUCUGGACACCUUUUCUUGCUGGGAUUUCUGUUCUUACGCUGACAUAUUGAAGUAUUCCUUAUAAAAUGAGAAUUAUUACAGAUUAAUUUUUUAUAAAAUCUCUUUAAAAAUGCAUCAAACAUGUCCCUCUUGCAUUGCUUAUUACUUGAAAAUCACCCAUUUACUUUAUAUUCAAACACUUUUUUUUAUGUUUUUACUGAUACAUCAUUUAUUUUAUGUAUUUCAGCAUCGUUGCCUAAGCUGCUGCCACAUUACCGAUUUAUUCAAUGUUGCAUUGACUUUACUUAUUUAGCCCUCCUGGACUACCUCUGAAGAGAACCAAGCCUGGGCCAUUUUUUAGGGACACUUGCGGCCUUUUAAGGCCAGAAGUGUCCAUCAGCCCUGCAGGCAGAGUGGAUCAUAAAAUCUUGAAAUAACUUUUGAAUACUGCAGUAGUCCACACACACACACAUCUCAUCUCACUAUAUUGAUAUGACCAGAAGUGAAUGAGUCAUCCCUGAAAGGUGCCUCUUAAUUUAACUCCAGCUAAGUCAGUGUGUUAUUUUACACGAGCUGUGUUUGGAUAUUUACUCUUUCUGUAAGGGGACAAUGUUGUUUUGUGAUCUUACUGCUAGUGAUAUAGUAACAUACAGUACUUGAUCUAGUUUCAACUAUUGAAAAGUUGAACUGUAACUUGAGAAAUCAUCUUUAAUGCCUUACCUUUAACACAAUGUAAUAGUUAUGUUAUUGAUAUGUCCUCAUCCACUUCUUUAAUACAACUCACAAACCUGUGAUAUAUAUUUUGUUAUGAUUCUUUACGUUGUGAUUUGUGUUACCUUGCUUCUAUAUCGCUUAUCAAUAAAAAUAUCACACUCUU